AGAAAGUUUCCACGGCCAAACCGUAACAAAAAACAUUAAAAAGAAAAGAGAAGAAACAAACAACAAACUAUCUUGAAACACAGUACGCCAUGGCUUCUCCAGCUUCCACUUAUGCUCGAACUUCAUGCAUUUGUUUUCCAAAAAUCCAAAACAGCAUGCUGUUCAUUGACAAGAUGGGAGCAUUUCCAAAGAUAGCGAGAAGAAGAGUGAGGCUUAUUCACGCAUCACAAGGUCCAACAAAACCGCAAAAACCAUUGCCUGGAGUAGACACAAGAAUCCACUGGGAAAACCCGGAUGAUGGGUGGAUAGGUGGAGGAUCCGACCCGAUCAAACCUGACCAUACCAAUCUUUUCAGUGAUGACAAAUUUGCUGAACUAAUCAAAGACUCUUUUGAUUCUCAUUACCAAUUCUUGGGUGUUUCCACGGAUGCUGACCUUGAAGAUAUAAAAUCUGCUUACCGGAGGUUAUCGAAAGAGUAUCAUCCAGACACAACUUCAUUACCACUUAAAACAGCUUCAGACAAGUUCAUGAAACUAAGAGAAGUCUACGAUGUUUUGAGCGACCAGGAGAGUAGGAGAUUCUAUGACUGGACACUGGCUCAGGAGGUUGCGAGUCGUCAAGCUGAGAAGAUGAGAAUGAAGCUUGAGGAUCCGAAAGAGCAAGAAUUUCGGAAUUAUGAAUCUAUACCCGAUAUGGUUGAUCGGUUAGGUGGAAGGAACAUGGAGCUUAGUGAUCAAGCCAUGACUGCUCUUACGUUCGAUGUUUUGAUCAUUGUAUUUGCCGUUUGUUGUAUAGCGUAUGUGGUUGUCUUUAAAGACCCUUAUUACUAGGUAACGAGCUAUAUAUAGGGAAGUUGAAAUUCAGGGAAAUCUGUAUAGGUGGAAAAUGGAACAUUUAUAGAUUAUAACAUAAUCUGAUUACAA